AUGGUCAACAUAGGAAGUAUUAUUUUACUGAGUGGGCUCGCUCUGAUCACCGCUUUGGAGCCCAAGGACACAAGUGUCCUUCAGGAGUUUCAGCGUUUAAAAGAACUAAAGCCACUGGGUAUUGAGUUCGCCGAUUACUUUAAAAAUGUCUCGCUGGAUGAACUAAGCCUUUCCGACUCCUUAUUGCCAACUGCUGAUGAUCUCCAGUGCCUAAGUGAUAUGGCCCAGUUUAUGUUGGCCUUUACCUCUGGCCAAUAUUGGGCAUUGAAAAUGAUUGAUUCGUGGGGAACUAUUCCCUCUGGAAUUUUUACGGGCAACGUAUAUGACUUGGGAAACUUCGACGAGUGCAUCAAUAUAAAGAAGGACACCAUUCGCGGAAAAUACUGCUUCUUGGAAGUUUCCCCUAGCAAAGCUCUUGGCAUUGAGAAUUCCUUAGCUGGAAUAUUAAAAAUGAAAAUAGCAGCUUGUUUUCCUGCCUCCUGUUCAGCAACUCUUAUGAACAAGUUUGUGGAGCAGAUUUUCCAGAGAAUACUUAACGUAAGUUUACCCAGCACAGCAAUGAGUAUCAAUGAGGACACUUGCCAGACAAAUGAAAGCGAACCCUGGAGUGGACUCACUAUUUUGACAGUAGUGAUCUUAUCUGUGAUGGGCUUCGUUGUAGCUGUUUUUACACUGUACGACUGCUUUUUGGUUAAGAAUCAAGAAGAGAUUUCUCCGGUUGUCAAACUGUUUUCUGCCAGGGCGAACUCCCGUGCUCUUUUCCACGUCGAGAUUAAGUCAAAUCCGAAUGUAAUUGAAUGCCUUCACGGAAUUCGCUGUAUGUCUCUUGUUUGGGUGGUUUUCUUGCAUCAAUAUGCCAGCUUAUUUCAUUCACCAAACAUUAAUCGUUUUAGUAUUAUCUCAUGGUUACAAAAGCCUUUUACGGGUUUCUUUUUACACGGGACUUUUUCGGUUGACUCAUUUUUCUUUAUCGGCGGUUUGCUGGUGGCUUUGAUAUCAUUGCGAUCGAUGGAGAGAAACAAGGGCAAACUGAAUGUGCCACUGAUGUACCUUCAUCGUUUGAUCAGAAUUGUUCCUAUUUUGGCCAUGGCUUUACUAGUUUACAAUCAACUCAUUGGAGUUUUGGGCGAUGGACCACUUUUUAAGGGAGGUUACAAUGGCAAGGCGUCAUGUGAAAAAAGCUGGUACUUAACCUUGCUUUUUGUAGUUAACUAUGCAAACGAUAUGUGCCUUGAUCAUACCUGGUAUUUGGCUGUGGAUAUGCAGUUGUUCCUAAUCUCUCCGAUCCUUUUGUUUGCUCUUUAUAAAUGGGGCAAAAAAGCUGCCGCUGGAAUAUUUGUCCUCAUGGUGUUGCUGUCUGGUUGCCUUUUUGCCACCAUGAUGGUCAACAACUACUCAAUAACAAACUUGGAUCUCUCGUUGCAAAAGCAGAUGUACUUCUAUACCCACACCCACGCAGCUCCUUGGCUUAUUGGAUUUUUGUUCGGAUACUUCUUGUACGUGACUAAGGGCAAGAAGUUCCAGUUGAGUUGGGUUGCGGUUUGGUCUGGCUGGAUUCUUUGCCUGGCCAUGCUUUUCACUUCGAUCUUCGCUCUUUAUCCGAUCCGCGAUGCAGGAACUCCAUGGUUGAUGACCACUUUAGAGUUGUCUUUCUACUACACCCUUACACGAGUUGGUUGGCCAAUGGCCAUUGGUUGGGUGGUCUUCGCCUGUAUGCAAGGAUAUGGGGGAUUGGCCAACAGCUUCCUCUCCUCUCCGCUGUGGCAACCCCUCUCCAAACUCUCGUAUUCGGUGUACAUGUGGCACAGUUUCAUACAGGAGAUAAACCAAAGGAUCAGAAGGACAAAUACUUACUUCUCGGACUACCAAGUGAUGCUGGAUUUCUGGUCCAGUCUUGGAUUUACAGUUCUAUUCUCGUAUUUACUGUACCUAUUAAUCGAGGCUCCAAUUGGUGGACUGGACUUUCUUGUACGGCCUCAAAAGAAUAAGCCUGUCGAGGUUGUACAAACUAUGAACCCAGAACAGUUGCCGGAGAAUCCGAUUGAUGAUGAUGACCUGAUUAAGCAAAAAGAAACUGAGGAAACUCAAUCAAAUCUUCAAACACCAGCUGAUUAGAUAAUUAAAUUUGUUGUACGUUAAUAAAACCAGAAGCAUACUUGUUUCCUGAUACAAGACAAU